UUUUUUUUUUUUUUUUUUUUUGACUUGCUUCCGUCGCAACGGCAUGUCGCAGCCCUCUUGCGGACCGUCCUUCAGUGGAUUGACAUAAGCACCUUCGUGACCUAUCGACCAGUGAGAUUCGCAUCUCAGUUUGUUCUGUGUCUCUAAGCGCCAGAGCAUCCGAUCGAUCGGGGCCUCUCAGAUCAGGUCACCUGGAUGACUUGCCGUCUCCUGCAACUCGCUACCUAAUCGAUCGCUCGAUUGAUUGAUUCUUCUUUUUCCAUUGCUUUUUGAUCUCUGAGAUCGCGACAGGGACCGCCAGCGUAAAGCAUCGUCAUCGUCGACCUCCUCCAAAUCGAAGAGCCGAAAACACCACUCGAUCCACGGACGCCCCAGCCGCACCUCAACCAAGGAACACGAUCUCGACGACCCCACGGGCCGUUCCUCGACCCCUUCCACAUCCGCCUCCAAGUCCCGCAAGAAGCGUCGCUCCUCCAUGCCGGACGUCGACAACCCCGGCGCCAGCACGGCCUCGUUCCUGGAGUCGAGGACCAGUCUGCCGUAUCCGAAUUUUUCCAAGGCCCAUAGCAAAGAGGCCGUUAGCCGACCGGGAAUCCCCACCCCCGAUCCGACCGAUCUGACCGAACGCAGCAACGAUGCCAAGGAAGAACGUCCCCGCCGCUCGGACAACCACCAUGCGCCUCCAAGCCCACCGUUGACGAGCACGGACCAGCAUUCGCGCAAGAGUAGUUCGGUCGGGGAUAAAGAGAACAAAGGGGCGGAGGAGAAGGCGAAGGAUGGGAAAACCAAGAUCCGUAUCCGAACAGAUGCGAACCGGUCGUCGUCGAGUCUACGGGCGAAGAAAGACGAUGGGACCAAGUCGAGCACGACCGCCCGCGCUGACACGCCCACCAAGUCGAAGAGGUCGAGCCAGGACAAGGAAGAGCCUCCCCGCACGGCCAGUCGCAACUCAAUGAAGUCGAAGAUUUUCGAGGACCCGAAGCGACCCAGCAGCCGCACGGCCACGCCUCCUCGAUCCCCAGCGCCUGUCCAUGAUACCAGCUUUGACUCAGCAAACGGCUCGGACGCCACCAUCAACGCGACAUAUCGGCGGAAGCACAAGAGUCCUGAAAAGCCACCGUCCCGCACCCAGAACCGUUCGUCCAUGUCUAAUCGUCCCGCCAGCCGCCCCGCGGUCGACAUCGCUGGAGACUACGGCCGACCCCCGACUGCGAGCUCCACGUUCGACGCUCCUCCCCCGCCUCCACCCCCGCCAGAGAUGCCGGUGACCAUCCCAAGGGUGGACUAUCUGCUUCAGCAUGGCGGCCUGAACCGCCGGGUGCCGAGAACACUCCUGAUGGGCGCGGAUGCCCCAGACCCACCGCCUUACCAGAGCUUCCAACCGCAGUCUGCUGCUGCCACUAUCUUUGACCCAUUCACGCGGCUUCUGGACGAUUUCCACCAUGUGAUGGCGAAAAAUGGCUCGUUAGCCGUUGCGACGGGGUAUCGGUCGGUGGCACGCCGUCUGCUAGAUCGGCUGGAGGCUGUCUUUGCCCGUGACAUCUCGUCGGAAUCGUGUCGAUGUUUCAUGUGCGAGCAUAACGGGAUGGAGGAGCCGCCUACCGGAGUGAGCUGGGGCGAGGUUCUCGAGCUUGUCUCGGGACGCCGCGAGCUGCCCGGCUGGCCGCCCUUCACCAUGACGAUGCCGGUGGACGGUGCAGAACUGUCCGGUGACGAGCAUAUUCCGAUGCAGAAGAUGGACAUCGAUGUUCCAGAGCAGUACCGGGAACAUUACAUGCGCCAGUCCCGCAAGACCAAGGUGGCGGUGGACAAGUGGCUCAACGAGCAAACCGGACAGGGGUCGAGCGCGCCCGACGGGGUAGACGAUGAGACAUUGACGUUUGCCAUGCUCACCCAUCUGGGGCCCGAGCAGCGUCCGCUCUUCUGCUCCCUCCUCGGAAUCAACUCCGCAACACCCACUCCUCGCCCUGACGGCGAGCCUCGCCCGCGACCACCUCUGCUAGUGUCCUCGUCCUUGGCCAUUCAACGCUUGUACCGCCUCGCGUCUCUCCCCCGCGACCCCGAAACCGCCAUCUACAUGCUCAAUAAUCCGGGUAUCCACCACGUAAUAGCAACCCUCGCGGCCAUCAGCGACGACGAGUGGGACAUUCUCAUCUCCGGCCGUUUCGACGGAUUCCUCCGCAGCGGCGCCGAGGACACCUUUGUCCCUUCACAUGGGUCUCCCCGCUGGAGCAACAGCAGGGCCAACACCCCCUUCACCACCGGGGGAAUCUCACGGGGACCCACCCCCAAUCACAUGGACGGCACCUUCCGCUCAGCCAGCCAGCCAGUCGGCAGCUCCUCGUCACCCGCCUCCGGCGGACCCAUCGUCCUCGACGAAGAGCAGGAAAUCGCCGCGCUCGCCGAAAUCGAACGCGACAUCUACCUCGGCAUGGAAGCACUUGAAGACGCAUUCGAGGUGCUACAUUGCAAAGCCGAGUCCGUGCGUCUGGCUCUACGCCAACGCGGAGCCGGCCUGUCCGUCGCCAAUCAGAACCGCCGCGGCUCGUACGUAGAAGCGCGGAUGGGCACGCCCGCGUCAGCCCUCAAUGGAUGGGAAAGCGGCACCGAAGACGACUUCCUCGACGACACCUACUCCCUAGCCCCGGAUGACUCGGCCAGUAAUAUUAGCUCCAGCCGACGGCGCCGCCCCAAGCGACGCACUGAACGACGCACUCCGGCACCGGUGGAGGAAGAAGACGAGGGCGAUGAAGGACUAUAUGACAGACGGGACCGUCGAAGGCGGUAGCAAUUGCCGAACUAGCUUACAUGAAUAAUACCCAGCCUUGUCUGGAGGAAACCAACUCCCGGAUAGGAUGACGAUUCGAUGCAUUUUCUGAGUUCAUUGAUUUAUGGUUUUCUUUUUGCGCAAGUCACAUUUUCCCCUUUUAUGGUUUUUCUUCCGUGUUUCUUUUUCUUAUCGACGUCACGAAGCCCUUACUAUUCACGAGCAAAUGAACACACAUCACCGCCUAGUUGCACUUUUACUUUUGUCUGUACAUGGAGAUGGAGAUGAAGUUGGGGAUGCCAAUGGAGAUGGAGAUGGAUAUAUGGAUGUAUGUACCUAUGGAAGGAAGGAGCAGAUUGCACUUUACCUACACAUAAUCUAAUGGCACAUGAAGAUUCAUGCUGA